CGGAAGCGGAAGUUUCUGCGAGAGCUGACGUCCGGUCCCGCCGCGCCGGCCCAACCCGCCGCCCGCGCCUCCGGUAUGGCCCGCAAGAAGAAGGCCAAGAAGAAGGAGGGCGAAGGGCGCCUGGUGCUCACCUUCGAUGAGGAGAAGCGGCGGGACUACCUGACGGGCUUCCACCGGCGCAAGGUGGAGCGGAGGAAGGCGGCCCUGGAGGAGAUCCGCAAGAAGCUGAAGGAGGAGCAGCGGAAGCUCCGGGAGGAGCGCCACAAGGAGUAUCUGAAGAUGCUGAAAGAUCGGGAGGAGGCUUUGGAAGAGGCGGAUGAGCUGGACCAGCUGGUGACCUCCCAGACGGAGUGUGUGCAGUAUGACCACCCCAACCACACAGUGACAGUGACCACCAUCAGUGACCUGGACCUCUCGGGGGCCCGGCGCCUGGGGCUGCCCCCCCCUGGGGGAGAAGAGGACCCAGAGGCAGAGGAAGCCGUCAGUGCUCUGCCCAAGAAGUCUCGGAGCCCCUUCCUGUCUCAGAGGAUCUCCUCCCUUACGGCUUCCCUCCACGCACGGAGCCAGAAGCGCGCUAAAAAGAAACGCCCGCGUCCACAUCGUGGUCUUGACUCCGCCAAGAAGCCGCCCAGCACCACGCGGACCAGCAAGACGCAGCGCCGCAGGAUGACUGGCAGAGCCAGGAGCCAGAGAGACGGGGGCCCCGGGUAGCUGGGGGCCCCCACGCCUCCCUUGUGGCCCCCUCCUCGAGGCUGGAAUCUUCCAGAAGUAGCCGUGGAGCCCACGCCGCUGCCUUUACCCCAGCUGAGGGGUCUGGGUUCGAGUGUCCCCACCCCAGACCAUCUGGCCCGCCUGGGCCCCAGCCUCUGAGCAGCCCCUCAGCCCCUUCCUAUUUCUUCUCGGGGUGAAACUGUGGCCCCCAAAGAGUGAUGACCACCAGCCCUCGAAGGCAGGGGUGGGCCUGGCUCUGGGACUUCCCUGCCCGCCCCAACAUUCGGUGAUCUUUAGGGGGUGUGGCCAGAAGCCAGUGGCCAUUUAUGAAUCGCUUGCUGUGUGCCUCACCGGGGGUGAGCGGACGGUGAUUCCAAAGCCACCGGCCACUGCUCUGGGGGCCCUCCGGAGAGAGCAGGGGGCCGGGGACCAGAUCCCAAGAGUUUGGAGGGAGGGACUUUGUGGACCCUAGGAGGCGCCCUCGGGCCGAUCCAGGAGCAGAGGACAGAAGCCAUCGGGAGACCUACAGAGUCUGAAGCGGUCACUGAGCACAGGCCCAGGCACCAGAGACACAAGACUGAGGGACCGAAUCUUGUGGGAAAGGAUUCCCAGCAACCGGGGCUCCCAGGGGCCCCUGUGGCUGGAAAGGCUGGACGGCCUUUUCGCCUGAGAAAACUUCACAUGUGCUGGUCUCGGAUCCAGACCAAAGAGCCUCUGGCAGUGUGUGCAGAGCCAAGGCCACGGGGAAGUCCCACAACGCAGUGCACAGGUGCUGCCGGAAGCACCUCGGAGUCACGGCGCAUCCCAUUGCGGAGCCGCUCUCACACUCACCCUCCUCCUCCUCCCGCUCCACAGAGUCAGAACCACAGAUGGAAGAAGCUUUGGCCUCCAGGGUGAGGUUCGAUGACACCUCCCCUCCCCCCCCAGGAUCCACAUCUGCCAAGUUGGGGUUGGGGGGAUGGCUCUGAAGGUUCCUCCCACGUCUGUGCUGAUCCGCGGUGGGGGUGGCGGCCUGAGCGUCUGCGUGGGGCCCCCAUGACCAGGAGGGAGAAGAAACUUGGGGCAGCCAGAGGGGAGCCGGGCAAAGCAGAAAAACAUCAGCUCAAAUUCAAGGAGAACUUUAAGCACCUACUGUGUACCCGAGAUAUUGCCAGGCCUUGGGGGGGAGAGGGAGGGGAGAGAGACCAGAAUGAGACUUUGUUCCUCAUGGUGCUUACCACCUGAUGCAGGGAGGAAGCGCGUGGAUACAGGGGCCUCCAGAACUGGCGGUGGGAGGGAAGCAUGAAGGAUGAGGUCUCCUGGAGGGGCUGCUGCUGGAGUCAGGCUUAAAGGGAGUUAGGGAUGUGAGGAACAGAAGAAAGUGGGGGUCCUGGGCAAAGGCUUGGAGGUGGGCACCGGGAACAGCAAGACCGCUUCACUGGAGGGUCAGGGCCCCAAGUCAGCCUGGAGCAAGCUUCCGCCUUGGCUCUGAGCUUCAGAAAAGAUCAGCCUUGGGUUACUUUGUCCACACUGCUUUAUGAAAUUGGAUUUCUAAAUCUAUUUUUAUUUUAUUAAAUGUUUCUCAAGUUUU